AGAAUAAUUUAUUGAGGAAACAAAUGAGAAUAUGGAAAGAAAAGGCUCGAUGUAAAGUAGAGUAUAAGGAAACAAUGUUUGUUAAUAAGUUUAUAAGUCAUUUUAUUCUCAAGAGUUUUUUUACUUCCUGGAAAUAUCGUCAUCUUAAGCAUGCUCAGAUGAUGACAUCCUUCGUAGAAGUUGCUGAUAAAAAUCAAACAACGUUACUAAUGCGACGAUCUUUUCUAAUAUGGAGAAGACAAUAUUUUGCUGAAUGCCAAGCAAAAGACCAUUCAAAGAAGAAGUGCCUUACGAGAAUAUUUUUGACUUGGAAAAAUUUGCGAAAUCAGAAUUUGAUCGUCAAACAAGAACGGACAAACUUUGCUCUUACCAAAGUCAACAUCACGAUCACGACCAUUUAGUCCAACAGGUGAUCAGGUGUAUAAAGGAUUUUCAAUGCUUCCUACCUAUCACCCAUGUUGCCUUUCGUUCAUGGUUCAAAUACACGCAGCAUAUUCAUCAUCUUCAAUGGAUUUAUGGUGAAUGGAUUAUCAGGAAAAAAAAUAAACUUUUUGGGAAAUAUUUUCAUCUUUGGAGACGUUGGCUGUUUGUUUCUGUGCUCUGUCGGCAAUAUUGGGUUUGUAUGAUGAAGAAGAAAUAUUUGAGAAUAUGGCAACAGUAUAACAAGCAACAAAAUUUGUGCUCUCAACGUAAAAAUGAUGCUAAUGAUUUCAUGAAACGUAUUUUAAUAACGAAGUUUUACAAAAUUUGGAAAAAAAAGGGGACAACUAAAACUCGCUUAUUAAGCAUUAUUUCUGGUUGGCAACGAUUGGUUAAAGUAAGAGAAAUGGACAAGUUAGUGAUAGAACAAUGCAAAAAAAUAGAUCAUCAGAACCGCCUGCGAAAGACGUUUUACAGAUGGAAAAAUUUCACACGACAAUUACAAAUGGCUACAAGGCUUUAUAGCAAUGUCUUACUGAAAAGAUGUUUUCUCUCAUGGAAGACUGUGGCGUUACAUCGAGCUCUGCAUAGGAAAAACAUGUGGACAUUUAGGGCUAAGCAAGUUCAGUUGAAGGUUUUUCAUGAAUGGAAGAGACGCUUUGAACAUAUACAGACUGCUAGGAUUGUUUUUCAAGUUUCGAAAAAAAGGAAAAUUAAAGAGAUAUUUAACGCUUGGCUACUGUGGGCUAAAGAGUCCAGAUUUUUGAGAAAAUCUUUGCAUGAUUAUAACUACGUUCUUGAAAAAAGAAAACUAAAAGAAAAAUUAUUAUUGUGGUUUGCUGUUACAAAGGAAUAUGGAAGAUUGAGAGAAUAUUACCACAGAUCUCUUCAAAUUAGAAUUCUCAGAGGUUGGAAAUAUGUUUUGAUACAAAAGGCUGAAACACAAAAAGCUACGGCAGCAUUUAAACUCUUCACUGCAAGAAUUAUGCUACAUUCAACAUUAAAGUUUUGGAGAACGACAACAAGAAAUCAACAAACUUUGGUGGAAUUCACUGCAGCAAGAGAAAGGCGACAUCUUGAGUUCUUUUUCAACCAUUGGCAUCGAGAAAAAAUGAACAAAGAUGGUGAGAAAUAUUGUGCUAGAUGCGUUCUUAAAAAGGCAUUUCGUUUUUGGUGCAAAAAACUUUCUAAAUGGCAAAAGACGCGGAAACAUUUUCAAUUGUGGAAAACUAAGGUUGCAGCGAAUAAAGAACAAUAUAAGAUUGCACAAAAUUUUUGUUUAAACUCUCAUAUUCAAUUAAUGAAAAAGAAAUUUCUACUUUGGCGACAUCACUAUGAAAAUUCAAAAAUAGCAAAAUACUUUAAAGAAAAACGGUCAAUGCAACGUUCAUUUUUGGCAUGGUAUGCUUACUUUUCCAAGAAAAAAAGUCUAUCGAAUUCUUUCCGUGAAUUUCAGCGUUCACAUAAGCGAACUAACUUUGGAUUGAUAAUGAAAUGUUUCAAAAUAUGGCAGACUAAGUGGAUUUUAUCAAGAAAAGCUGAUAAUCAGUUACAACAGAUUUUACGUUCAAAAUAUUGGAAACGUUGGCGGCACAACUUCGUUAAGAAAAGAGUUUCAUCUGCCAUGGUUUAUCUUGAUAAUCAAACUGUUCUCUCAAAAGCAUUUACUUCUUGGUAUGCCUGUACCUCAGCUAGUAAAGCUUUGUCAAAAGAAAUAAUAAUUCUUCGUUCAAGAAGAUGGUUUCGAACAUGGAUGAAACGACAUAAUCCUUCUUAAUGUUUCUUCUUACGUAUUUGUCAGUCUUAAAUGUUUGACAGUUGAUGAGGUUCUGCUUUGAAGGUCAUGUACAUAUUGUAUAUGAGUGCGCAUGUUGUGAAGCUCACUUAAAUUAUAAAAAUUGUAAAAAAGUUGUAAAAAAAGCAUGAUAAGAUGAUAGUAUUUAUUCAUAUUCAUACAUUGUUAUAUUGUAGCAAGAAAGUUUCUCAAGCUUG